AUGAGACUAUUGCUAAAGAAUAGAUAUCAAGUAAGAAGAAAAAGAAGAAGAAAACUAUUCAUCUAUUUUAAAUUACACGAUCACGAAGAAUUUUUUCAAUUUACACGAAUGUCUGUACAACAAUUUAAUUAUUUACAUCAUCUUUUGGAGUCAAAAUUACGAAAGAGGAGUCGCAGAGAACCUUUACCAUCAGAAAUUCGUCUUGCUGUUACAUUAAGUUUCGUUGCUCAUGGUGAUAGUAUUGCUACUACUUCACGACUUUUUCGUAUUGGGAAAUCAACCCUAUACAGUAUUAUUCCUGAAGUGUGUAAAGCUAUAUGGGAAACUUUACAACCGAUAUAUCUCCGAUGUCCACAGCAAGAAGAUGAAUGGCUGAAAAUUGCAGAUGAAUUUAAUAACAUCUGGAAUUUUCCAAACUGCAUAGGCGCAAUUGAUGGCAAACAUUGUCGUAUUCAAGCUCCGGCUAAUUCUGGUAGCGAAUUUUAUAAUUAUAAAAGCUACUUCAGCUUUGUAUUAAUGGCCAUUGCUGAUGCACGCUAUCGUUUUAUUUGGGUAGACAUUGGAAAUUAUGGUUCUCUCAAUGAUGCGGGAAUUUGGUCCCAUACCACUAUGUGUCAAGCUUUGGAGAAUAAUACAGUAUCUGUUCCACAAGCUCGCUAUUUAGAUAAUACUAAUAUUACAAUACCAUUUUCUCUUAUUGGCGAUGAAGGUUUUCCACUUAAAAGUUACUUGAUGCGACCAUUUGCUAAAAAAAAUUUACUGGGUAAUGAGCAGCGAGUGUUCAAUUAUCGAUUAUCAAGGGCACGACGAGUAAUCGAAAAUGCAUUCGGUAUUCUCGUUGCAAGGUGGAGAAUUUUACAAAAGGCUUUAAGUUUAAAAUUGGAAACUGCAGAAGUUAUAAUACAAGCUUUAACUUGUUUACAUAAUUAUAUUAUAACCACUGAGUUAAGCAACAAUAUUUACAUGGAGGUAUUGCAGAUAAAAAAGGUCCUAAUGGUGAAGUAA